AUGAACUCAACUGUUAUUUCACCUGGUAAUGAUGCCACUUUCCAGUCAUUGGAACUUGGGUGGUCCACACUUGCACUUUUUCAUGGUGCUAUCUAUCGAGUUCUCGGAAUCUGUGUAGCUUCAUAUGUCACAUGGCAAUACCUCUUGCGGUCGGGUGCCCUAUGGAACUCGAAGUCUGAACCUCCCAUGCUGCCUUACUGGAUACCAGGCCUUGGUCAUAAUGUUUCGUUCUUGAGGGAUACUCACAAAACCUUGGUUGCAGCCAGAAAUUACUUCAAAACCCCCUCGCAGCCAUUCAGCGUGUUGGUCGGUGGCCGUCGCACGUACAUCAUCCUUGAUCCUCGUCAUAUCGCCGAGACUUACAAGAAGACUAAAGAGAUGCUCUUUGAUGCAUACGUCGAUCAAGUCAUGGGAUACGUGACCGUUUCGCAGCAGUCAAGGGAUAUCAUGUGGAACACUAUAGUCACUGACACCUCUGUAUCUGUCCCCAACUCUGUUCGCUCUUGGGUGCGAAAGGAUAUGGCCCCGGGCCCUUCGUCGCGAUCGUUCUAUGAAGGCUUUCUAUCGGAGUUGGACAGAGUACUGCAACAAAAGAGUGAGUUCACAACAGGAAAGGUCGAAAUACAUGGUAUGCUCAAAUGGACGGGCGACAUCAUUGUUAUCGUAUCGACCAAUAGCUUCUUUGGCACUGCUGUCUUUGAGCAUGCACCUGAGUUGCUGGACGCCUUCCACACGUUCAACCAUCACGCUUGGAAGUUGCUUUUUCGAUAUCCGAAGAUACUAUCCAAGACGGCCCACGACGCCAAGGAUUCCUGUAUCCAUGCAUUGACCAAAUACUUCGAAUUACCGACGGAAAAGAGACUAGAUGCUGCACCAUUCGUGUUGAGGUCAGAGGAAGAGAUGCGUAAGCACGGCAUUAGCUCUCGGGAUAUCGCCGCUGUCUUGUUCAAACUCUAUUGGGCUAUCAAUGGAAACCCUUCCAUCCUUGCCUUUUGGCUUCUUGCGCAAACUCUAUAUACUCCUGGACUUAAGGACGAACUGAAGGCCGAAGUAGCGCUAGCUUUCAAAAACGGCAUCCACAAUCAACCCGAUGUCGAGUACCUCAAAUAA